CCAGAAAGAUUGUAUCUUUGCCGAGGAAAAUGGCACAGGCACAACCGGAGGAGAAACUCCAAGGACCCCAGGGGGUCGAGGUGAAGGAGACGAAGAUGGGGAAGAGUGGCAGUGGUAGUAUUAGUGUUGGGAACAGUAAUGCGACCUUCAAAUUCAAUGUGCAGGCGCCGGAGUUCGUGCCGAGAUCGCAUGCCCAGAUGCCUGUAUCGGGGUAUUUCUAUCCCUGUUUUCAUUAUCUUGGUGGGGCGGCUGGGUCGGAUUGGUUCUUUCUUGGGGGUGAGCAAGAUCCCGCGGCGUAUUUGCUGGCCAACCCUAAUUUUUCGAUCCCUAAUUGUUCCUCCAAGAAUGUUCUCACCGACGAUCUCCGGCAAAAGAUCGUCAAACAGGUGGAAUACCAGUUCAGUGACAUGAGUCUUCUUGCGAAUGAAUCACUUUCAAAACAAAUAAAUAAAGAUCCUGAUGGUUAUGUACCUUUGUCUUUUAUUGCAUCUACAAAGAAAAUCAAGUCCCUGGUUACUAAUAACUACCAGUUGCUUUCCCAAGCACUCCAGUCCUCUUCAAAGCUUGUUGUGAGUGAUGAUGGCAAGAAGGUUAGGCGUAAACUUCCUUUCACUGAAAAAGACAAAGAGGAUCUGCAGUCUCGUACUGUUGUGGUGGAGAAUUUGCCUGACGAUCACUCACAUCAGAACCUUGACAAAAUCUUCAGUGUUGUUGGAAGUGUGAAAACUAUCAGGAUAUGCCAUCCUCAGGAACCCAAUUCUUCCCGCUCUAAAGGUGACUUCUUCAUUUGUAACAAGAUACAUGCACUUGUGGAGUACGAGGCUACAGAGAUAGCUGAGAAAGCUGUAGAGAGGUUAAAUGAUGAAAGGAAUUGGAGAAAAGGGCUUCGAGUAAGGUUGCUUCUUAGAUGCUCGCCAAAAUCUGUCCUGAAAAACAGAAAGUCAGAGUUUGAUGGCAUUCUAGAAAAUGAUGAGUUACCGUAUACUGAAUGCAGUGACGAUUCCCCACAUUCAACCCAUAAUGAUUCAGCUGAGAACAAUGCUGAAGAGAAUUCAGUGGGAUCAAAGAAGGGGUGGGCUAAAGGGCGAGGAAAGUGUCGCGGGCGCGUUCAGAACCACGAUGGACGUGGCCUGCUUGCUGCAGCUCCUCAAACUAGCAGUGGUAUCCAGUGUGAUGCGCUUCCAAAACAGACCGCUAAGGGCCCAAGAAUGCCAGAUGGAACAAGGGGUUUCACGAUGGGACGAGGCAAGCCCUUAAGUUCACCUCUGGUGUGAUGGAUGAUUCUCUCUUUCCACUUCAAUCUAUGUUAGCCACAACAAUUGAAUGGCUCUGCAUUUCCUGAAAGUAGGAAAUGGUUUAUGAUCUGCUCAUCUCCUGGUGUUAGUAAUAAUUCGAGAUGUAUAGUUUAUAGUGGCUAAAUUUCAAGUAGCUAUAUGUUAACAAUUUUGAUGAUGAACUCCCUUUUUUUCUUUUUUUGUAAUAUGUUGGUUACUGGUCUGGUAUUCAGUUUUCUGCUUUAUUUGUACAAUCUUUUUGAAUAAUGAAAUUGAGGAGUAUUA